ACGAGCACGGGCAGCGGGGGAAUGUCGCGCGGUACGACCGGCCUGGGCAAGCUGGCAGCAGCUGGCGACGCUGCUUAAAAGGGGAGAGGUUGGACCGAGAAGGGGGAGUUCUUCGGCUGAAAAAUCCAGAAAUAGAGGGAGAGAUCCGACGAGAGAGCUGCGAGUGAGAGCGAGGGAAGAGAGUCGGAGUAGAGACCGCCGGCCACCGCGCCUGAAUCGCUGCCGACUACCUGCCGCCGUGCCUCCUUUCCCGCGCCGAAGCUCCGACUGUAACCAGGAAAGCAACCCAAUGGCAACGCAACCAAGUGAAGAAUUAAGAAAUUCGAAUCAUGCAGAUCCAGCAACAGAAAUAUUGGAACAGGAAGCAAAAAGUCACUAUUACCGACCAUUGUUGCACGCAGCAUUCAAGGGUGAUUGGGAAUCUGCUAAAAGAUUUUUCGAACGAGAUUCUGCUUCAAAGACAGCCAAAAUAACAAGCAGAUCAGAAACAGCGCUUCACAUAGCUGCUUUCAGUGCACAAGACCAUUUUGUUGAGAAACUGGUUGAGCUCUUGUCUCCAUAUCCGAUAGCGCUUGAAGAGGUUGAUUGUGAUGGCUGCACAGCCCUCCACGUUGCUGUCCUGUGUGGAAGAAUAAGGAUGGUCAAGGCAUUAGUUGGAAGUAAUCCUAAGUUGACGCAACUUGCAGAUAAUGAAGGACGUGUUCCUUUGGAAAUAUCUGCUAUCGAAGCUUCUAUGCAUAAGGAGAUUGCCUGGUUCUUGGCGAAAAGGACGACAGACGAUGGGUCAAGUCAUCAUCCCUUCAGCAGUCCGUCUGCGUUUAAAACCAUGAUAGGCCUUACCUACGCUGGUUAUCACGAUAUCACCCUUUAUCUGGUCGGGCGGUACCCUCACUUAAUUACCAUGAGAAGCAGAGAUCCUGAUGGACCCUAUUCUAUACUGGAUGCGUUGGCGAGGAUGGUGUUUCACUUUCCCAGCGGAACCAGGCUCAGUUUUUUGGAAGCAUUGAUAUACAAAUGUAUUCCAGUGGACUUGAACUCCGAACCAACAAAUGAAAAUUCGAAUCCUGCAAGGUCACUUUGGAAUGCUGUCAAAAUUCAUCAUCCUUCUCCUCUUGAGCGGGCUUCCAAUAGAGCGGCGACGCUGGAUGUGGACCCAGAUGGUGAUCAUGUGGCUAGCGAUCACGGGCAGGCGAUCACCUACUUCAUAGCGCUGCGCAACAUAUCGCUGGCUGACACGUGGGGGAUGCUGAAGCACGUGACGGUGGUGUGCUGGCUGUGCCUGAUGGGGGUGGUGUUCAUGGGGAAUGUGGUGAGGCUAUGUGUGUGGGUGCUGAGGAAGUGGGGUUUGCUUGAAGAAGAAAGAGGAAGAAUUCAGAUGAAGACAAUGAAGACAAGCAUGAGCAAGUGUGACGGUCUGUGUGACAAUCGAGUAAAUUGA